GAUACUUCAGGCAGACUUUAAAUCGCUCUGUGCCGCCAAUCGCCAAUUUCGGUUCAUCUCUUUUCCUUGAUCAGGCCAGCAAAAUGCAUAGUAGGGUUGAUCUUAGACUACCUGGUAUUGCGGACUCGGAGACCCGUGCUUCUACCCAGCCAUGCCACGACGAAAGACACGAAGAACCAUAGAAGCAAGGUCAGCAAAGAAGACCACGAAACCGGAGGCGAAUGCUGAGAGAGGAUCCAAUUGGACAGCUAGGGGAGUGCUGCGGGAUCUUCUGCUGGGUUUUGGCAUUGGGACGCUGAUCUUUUUCGCCUUUUCCCAGAAAAUGGCUGUGAAAAGGUAUCUUCAUACGGCCGCCGAGUACUCUCCAGUAGCCAAGACCGAAAUCACCAGCCAGAUUCCUGAGAAUCAAUCGACUUCGGCUGAGCAACCCACUACCAAGAAAGAUGCUGAUGCGGAGAGUAGUUCUCAAAGUGGCCCCAGUGUAGGGUUGACCGUGAUUCACUGCAACGAAGAUUGGGGGAAAAUGAACUGGGUGGAUCAAGUUCCUUCUCACUGGAAGUUUGUAAUCUAUGAGGCUUGUGGGCAAACAAUGUCCAAAGCUUCAAAACUAUUGUACAGUGCCAGCUAUGAUGAAUGUACUGGAUACCUCCAGUCAAUCAUUGAACAUUAUGAUGAUUUGCCAGACAUUAAUAUAUUCCUGCAACCAGAUGCUCUGAUUGGCCAUGGAGCUCUGGACAAGACCUAUUCUACCGAGAGAACUCCAUUCAAAUCUCUACAGGAGCUCUUCAAUGCUACCAUGGCACAUUCAUCCACUUGGGAGGGCUCUCAAUUCCUACAUUUUGGUCCUAGGUUUCUACAAUUGAACAAUGUCAAUGCCAAGGAGCACUUUAUGGACUACCAUCCCCGUGAAGUGCUGGACACUAUGCAAAUGCCAUAUCUCAAGAAUCAUGAAAAUGACAAUCCAGCCGCAGUGGAUGCCACAAAGGUCUACACCCGGAUAGGGUCCUGUUUUGCAGUCACAAGGGAUGCCAUCCGAACUAGACCAGUGCAACUGUACAAGAAACUAAAGACUAGUGUGUAUCUGCAGGGUGGUGGAAUUGAAGGCAGGAAACGAUGUUGUGCUGUGGAGCGGUUCUGGCAUGCAAUUUUUGGAAAACCCUAUGAGCUGUUUCCGAGUGACACUGUGGAUCAUUUGUGGGAUGCCGAAUUGAACUUGUAUAGUGGAACAUGGGAAGAAGAACUGAAAAGGCAGAGGCCUCCGCCUGCUUCACAGUAACCUUGCGUCUUCGGUUGUUGGAGGGAGCACUCCUCCCACGCAACGCUGUACAACUUCGGCGGAACUGAAGGCGAGAAAUCCACCAACAAAUAGACUGCUAGGUACACGAGCAGUCCCUUCUCAAUGAGAAAGCUAUGUAUCGUUUUCCAAACCCGUUGCUAGCUACUGUUUGUACUAGAUGAACAUUCGCAGAACAAAACCUGUUUAGGCAUGAUAGCGCUCUUUCGAGACCCCAAAC